AUGGCACGUGUCGGCAGCAGCUAUCGGCGUCAGCGAGGUGUGAAAGCUCUGGCCUUCCAGGCUAACACCGCCUUAAGCGUUCCGGCUUUGCCGUCGAUCAACACAUUGGCAAGCGAUGAUUCGGCAGUGAAGCGCAGCUUGACCAGUGUUCUGAAACCCUCCAAGGAUCGGCAAGUGCAUGAAGCUCGAGACUUCAAGGCUCAGCAGCUCACUCCCAGAUCUGCCCUCGACCACUCGCUGAAGAAGACGGUAUCGGGAAUAGACACAAAGCAGCUGAAGAAGAUGACAGAUCUCUUGAAGCGAGAGCUGAACAUCAAGUUUGAAGCUCAAGACUCAUCGGCACCCCGCCGACAGCCUCUGUAUGUCACUCCAGAAGUUGCUGGAACAAAGAGAGACAAAGAGGUUCUGGGACGUUCCAAAUAUGAGGCCAGCAGUGUCGCAGAGGUCUGGGAGAGCGCAGAGCAGACUGACUUCGCGAAGAAGCCAGUCUUCCACCGGCUGAAAAAUGCAGCGCUGCUGGUUCGCAAGAUUGGUGACAUCGCCGAGGAGUUGAACAAGGAGCUUCGGGUUGUGAAGCCCCAUGGAGAGGAAAGGCUCCUGGGGAAACACUUGUGCCUCGCGGACGCCUUCCGUUGCCUGGACCUGAACGUGAACCAGGAGAUCGGGCCGCAGGCCAACACAGGGGAAGCUGUUCUGUGCCUGAAGAUGCAACAAGCGCAUGGCUCUUGGCAGGAGUGGGGAGUCAUGUUCCGGGGCUCCGGCCUGGCUACGUUCCGGGAGGCGCGCAUCAGCUUUGAGCUCCUGGACUUGAACCGCGACGGCAGCGUGACCCUUGGUGAGUUCCAGGCAGAUGUGCUGCUCCUUUGGUGCUCGGUCGACUCGCAGACCUGA